CCGGGACGGCUAUAUGAUCUUCUUGCCAGCCCACAUCGUCCAUGUUUUCCCACGUUCCUUUCGAUCUCGCACUGGUCUGAGCAGCCUCAUGCUCGCAACGGGGAAGGUCCGGGACCUCGCCAUUGGAAUGAAGUCGGGCUUGGGCAUGUGAACCACCAGGAGCGGGGCAAUUUUUAUAUAACAGCCGCCAGGUCCGCAAGAAUGCUUCCUAGCUCCUAAAAACUGAUGGCAAACAUGACUGAGGAAGCCGGACACACUGUCCUGAAAACCGGCGUGGAGACUCGAAUAGCAUUAGCAUCAGAUGACAACGGACAACGUUCCGAUAGCCCGGUGUUGCGAAACCGCGCCAAGCGGGCGUUUUUCCGUGUUAGGAUUCCAGAUCAAACCAGACCAGAGGUAUGCUCUCUAGAUCUCAACACCUCAAAACACGGCAUCUCCUCGUUAUGGUCUGAGAUUCAAUGCGACUGCGAUGCCAUGACCGGUAUCCCUGCGAGGGAGACAUCCAUCAAAACGAACUUGAAGGAGCUUGGACAAGUCUCUGACCCCGAGUUGAUCUCUCCUCCUGAGAAGCCCGACCAUCCAUCCAAUCCCUCACCUCAAAACAACCCUCAAUUCCGUCCAUCCAUCUCACCCCCAAUGAUGUGCGCCGUCUCAAUGCACACAUUCAUCGACAUGUCAAAAGAGGGGCAUGCCAAUGCAAAUCCUACAUUUCUGUUUUGUUUCUUUGGCGGGGGUUACAACGUCACACUCGUUGUCCUGAGUCGUGACAUACCUACAGCACACACAACACGUCAAACAACUGCCCUGCCCGGAUAGGAAACAUGGGAAGAACGGC